UUUAAUACAAUCCACUGCUCAUUUAAUAUGAUUGAAUUGAGUAGAUCUACAGCUAAGUUAAACGAUUUUAUAUAAUUAAAUUACAUAUCAGAUUUAAAAAUAGUAAGUGGUCAUGUUUUGAAAGAAACCAGAAACAAUUGGAUCUCAAUCUGGACAAUAUCCUGUUUAGUGUGUUACAAACCCUAAGUUAUAACAACUUAUACAUUUCACAGUAUUGCUCUAAAAUAAGACAAACAUUUAAAUAUCAUCUGUUGGGUCUAUAAAUUUGAACAAAUAUUUACUUCGCGCAAAAUAUAACCUAUAAAUUUAAAUAACCUAUUAACCUAUUAAAUGCAGCCGUUGAGUGAAGCGGACGUGUUUUAAUUUCGCUCCUCAAAGAAAAAAUAAAUAUAUAUUCGUAUCUCGGAAUAGGUACUACUUAUUACGAAAAAAUUUUAAAGCCUUAUGGAGUAGGCUAGAAAUGAACUCCAAAGACUCAACAUCUGCGGUGGCGGCGUCAGAUCGUAGCGUGUUGUCUUCCCCUCCUAUAGGUGUGGGUGCCUUGGCACCUGUAGUCGAGAGUAAUGCUUCAAGCGCACAACUAGUCGUCAGACUAAUUAAUAAGGAAGAGACGGAUAAACCAGAGGGAUGCACAGUUCGUCGCCAGCCUUUAAGUAAAGCUGGUGUUUCUGACUCGGAUUCAGACAGUGACUGUGUCAAUGCAACAGUCAUCGCAGCCGAAUCGAGAGAUGAGGGCAUCGGGAUAACAGCAGAAGUGAGCGAUGGCUUUGCUAAGCUCACAAGCAGACCGAGAAAGCGAUCCGGUGCUGACAACAACAACAACAACAACUGAAGAAGAAAAAGAGCUCCCCGCUUUGAAGUACUCUGGGAAAACCAAGCCAGCCAGCCCGCAAUGGAGACUCCAGACAGUGUCCUGCGGAGAUAGCCAAAGUUGGAACAGAAACGAAGGAAGCGCGCACGGGCCCUGAGUCUUCAUGGAGGACUGUGACUUUCAAAAGGAGGCCACAGCCAUCACGGAAGGGGGAGAUGGUCGCUGAGAAUGGUAAGGAGCCGCCCUCUUACGCCAGAGUGGCAAGGAAGCACAACAGAGAUGAGCUGACUUAUGUAGUCAUCAAUAUCGGCUGUGCAUCCGGUAGGUUUCCACCAGAUCAUCGGUCCCAAGUGGAGGAUCAGGUUAACGAUCGGAUUUUUGAACAUGUGUGGAACUCUGUAGAGAGUCCACCCAUACAAAUGAUGAGCUGCGAGUUUAGAGGGGACAUAUUUACGCUGCGUUUUGCGUCGGCGGAAUGUAUUGAUACCGUCAAACAGCUCGUCAGAGGUAUUCACGCUCCUUGGGAGGGCGCAAAGCUCGACCAGAUGAGAAAGAUGGACUCCAUCAAGGGAUGGGGCAGUAAAUUUGCGACGGAACGCAUGUUGGGAUUCUUGGGCAAGCAAAACGAAGGUUUGGUCGCAGAGAAGUGGGAAGUCUUCCACAGGGAGGAGAAGGAGGAAGGAACUCUCUUUGUGGUUGGCAUUGAUCAAGUCUCCGUGACAAGUUUGGCUAAGACUAAAGGCAUGAUGCACUACGGAAGCAAAGCUUUCCUUUUCAAGAUUGGGAAGACUAGGAUAUGUAGAAAUUUUCGUUCUGCGACAUCAGACCGUGCAGUGGCAGGUGACUCAAUACCGCCUAACAAACAGGGGGCCGACAACGAGACAAUCACAGCAUCUCUCAAUAUUGGAAAGACUAGGGGAAGCUAUGAUCCUAAUACUAAAAUAUCAGGCAGUGCAGUGGCGAGAGACCCAACACAGCCUAAAAAACAGGAACCCGACGACGGACCCAUCACCGACCUAAAGAUUCGAAAUAAUGGAAUAGGUAAAGAUCCCAAUACUGAAACAUUAGGCAGCGCAGCGACAGGAGUCUCAAUGCAACCCAACGAACAGGGUGCCAAUGAUGGUACCAUCACCUACUCCCAAGAAGCAUAUUUACUUAAGAUUUGGAAGGCUAAGAUAGGCAAAGAUCCUAGUAUUGAAACAUCAGGCAGUACAGGGAAUGGAAACCCAAUAAAGCUUAACGAACAUGGACCCGACGAUGGAACCGUUACCGACUUUAUAAAAAGUAGGAAGACUAGAUUAGGCAAAGAACCUAAAACGAUGUUGUUGUUGUAGCAGUUAAUUGUGUUCUAUCUUUCGUCUGCUUGAUUCUGUUGAGUGUCAAGACCCAGGAACUCUGCGACUAAGAUGGGGUGCGUCCACAGGGAUCUGGGUCUGAGUCGAGUGAGUCUGGCCGGGCAGUUAUACAGGUGGCGUGUAUCGUGCGGUCCCUGGUUACAAUCGGGACAUACAUCUUGCACGUCGGCAUCAAUCCUAGCUCUGUGGGAAUUGAGGCGGCUGCAUCUGCCGGAACGUAAUUGAGCCAGAACCACUCUGGUUUGCCGGGGGGAGGUCGAUUUCUUCGGGUGCAAUGGGUGGCGGUCGUUCUCCAAGGACUACAUUCACCCGGUAGCCAUUUACCGCAUCUGCUACCGUGUCUGCAUGAAUGUUGUUUAGACACGCUUGAUAUGCCGCUUGAUCUAGAGGUUCUCUCUUGUAGCGUUGAACCUCACGCUCUAGAUCGUGUAGAUCUACCUUAAGGCUUCUGUACACAAGAUGAUGAUUUGGAUGGUUUCUGCGAUAACAGCCCAAAAGGUAUUGCUUAGACAGCAUGUAGUUAUGUCUUCGCACUGGUAGGAUCUUUGUCUCCUGAUGGAGGUGGUCCACAUGAGAACUGAGGAGACAGCCCGUCGCAGUUCGGAGGGCGGCAUUCUAACAGAUCUGAAUAUUAUUCCACUGCGUGUCACAAAGAUGACGAAACCACACUGGCGCUGCAUAACUUACCACAGACCGGCCAAUUGCUUUGUACGUGGUCAACAAGGUUUCUUUGUCUGCACCCCAAGUGCUGCUAGCAAGUGACUUGAGGACCUUGUUUCUAAAUAUUUUUGACUUUAUUGCAGAUUGCUGUGGCAUGUGAGGAGAAUGUGUAAGAGCUGUCAAAUGUGACGCCACGUAUUUUGGGACACUUGAUGGUCGGAUUCAUUUCUCCAUCGACCAUCACAGUCAGCUCAGUAUUCACCUCACGCGUAUUUGUAGUGAACAAUGUGGCUGAAGAUUUGGUGGCGUAUAUCUUCAGAUUUCUUGCAGCGAAAUAUGAGGCAAGCUCGUUGAGGUAGACGCUAACCUAUCGCAGAUGUCAUCAAUGGGUGGGGGGCCUGAUGCCAUAAUCGUACAAUCGUCCACAUAUGAUACGAUCUCUAUGCCGUCUGGAGGGGGUGAAAUGGAGGAUAGGUAGAGGUUAAACAGUGCCGGAGAUAUCACCCCACCCCACUCCCUGUUUCACUCUACGGUAUUUCGACUUCUUAUCCCUAAAUUCCACAAAUGACUGGCGACCACGCAGAUAAUUCGCGACCCAUCGUUUCAGGCCUGGCUGGAGGGACGUGUUGGCGAUGUCCUCAAAUAAUUUGGCAGGGUUGACCGUGUCGAAUGCCUUCGAUAGGUCCAGUGCCACGAGGACCGUCCUAUCACAUGGCCUGGGUUGAUUGAAGCCACGGACAAAUGUGUGUGGUGAUGGCAUGCAAAGCUGUUGUUGUGCUGUGCAGUCUUCGAAAUCCAUGUUGAUGCUCGGUGAAUGGAAAUUCUCCUACGAGGCUCGGGAGGAGUAAUGCCUCAAGCGUCUUUGCCACUGGUAAGAGAAGGGAGAUCGGUCUGCACGACUCCCCCAAACUAGAUUGUGAAAAGACGAGGCUAUUACUGAAAGGAAGCAAGAAGGAGGUCAGUAUAGCUAUUGGUAUCAUAACGAGACACAUAGGACUUACGAGUUCACACAUGUAAAAUCGGUGCGGCAAGUGAUAGCAUGUGUAGGGUAUGCGGGGAAGAUGAUGAGACGUUGGAGCAUUUCCUUUGUCAUUGCCCGGCUUUCGCAUCCAACAGAUACCGGUAUUUAAGUGGAGACACAAUAUCAGACAUGAACCAACUUAAGGGAGUGGUAUUGAAAACAAUUAAGGAUUUUUUUUUAGAGCGCACAACAAGCCGAUUACCUGCUUAGGUCUAUGUCCAUAGUGGCAUGGGGCGGAUUAAUAUCUGCACCCUCUUUUCAACCUAACCCAACCUGUUAAGGAUCCUAACUCAGGAAUUUGAAACCGUCCGCUACGCUAACGAUGUUAUAUGAUUUCUAAUGGGUAGGGACCCGAAUCAGCUAUUCAGAAAGGGUCCUUGAAAUGGCAUUCGACUGGGCUGAACCAAGAAGUCAAUCCCGUGGCAGCCUGUUGUACGUACCGGAUUGACCCGAUGCAUGUGGAGGUGGCGAUCCUCCUCAAACCCCAAGCGAGCAAGCUCGUUCAGGUCUAAUCAACCGAUCGCCGCUGAAACAUAAUGGCCAUUGGUUAUUUAAAGGCGCCAAUAUCUCGCCUUGUCGUAUCGAGAAUCAUAGGAUCUCAGUAUUUAAGCAAAAGUCGGUGCCACCCGGCCUCUCACUGAGACUAUCCACUCCAUACCGCUGAUUGUCCGCGACUGCAUUUGCAGCUACUCUGGAUGGAGAAUUCUUCUAUCCGCAACCUGUGGACGCUCCAGGUAGCUCUCAGCUAAGCUUCUCGUGACAGCAAUAAACACCACACAGAUUGGACCCCAAUGUUCCAGCCUGUGUGGUGCUCAUAGUUAUCUUGGCACGGGAUGGAGACCUUCAUCGGCUACCGCCACAGUCAACAACACAUUGCUACAACAGCAACCAAGGGGUCUAUGUUAACCCAGAGAAAAAUGAAAUCUGAGUUUACGAAAAAGAUGAAAGUGGACGAAUUUGAUCCGCCACGGAGGCCACCGUAAUGCAGACCAUGUCUGUCUAUGAGGAUGAACAUCUAAUGAUGACCACAUUUGUGAGCUACUACGCCAUGUUAAAACUUCUCCCCAAAGAGGUGUCGCACUUUGGCCCGUCUUUCGGACUCGGCUAUAAAAAGAAGGUCACUUAUCAUUGACGUUGUUGUUGUUAUCGUAACCAUGUUAUGGCCGUUGGUCAUUUAAAGGCGCCACUAAUUCGCCUUGUCAUAUCGAGUAUCAUAGGCACUCCGCAUUUAAGCAAGAGUCGGUGCCGGCCGGCUUCCCACUGAGA